AUGAAAGUGCUCCAAAGCUGUCGCUUCGGCCAGUUGCGAAAACUUUUGUUGAUUAUCGUGCUCGCUAUUUACAUAAGAGCGUCCAUAGGCCUCUUCCCUUACUCUGGAGAGCACAGACCUCCAAGAUUCGGAGACUAUGAAGCGCACCGUUACUGGAGCGCAGUGACGCUGCACAUGCGGCCAGUUGCGAACUGGUAUACGCAUCCCGGUGACUACUGGGUUAUAGACUACCCGCCCCUAUCCGCUUAUUUGGCUUUCGCUAUUGGCAUUUGCGCAAGACUUUUAGAUUUUGAGGGCGCGGUGCAAGCCGACGCCUACGGUUACGAGAGCGAGUCGAGUCGUGCUUUCUUCCGGGGGACUGUGCUGCUUGUAGACUUGCUGUUCUUUUUCCCAGCAGCAUAUUUCGCGUCUGGUGGCGAUCUCAACCGCUUUGCGUCCCUUACCCUGUUUCAGCCCUGCUGGAUUUUGAUCGAUCAUGCCCACUUUCACUACACAUGUAUCCAGCUAGGUUUCAUCCUAUGGAUGAUCGCGCGAUAUCGCACAAUCAAGCUCACUAUGAUAGCGACAGCGGUGCUCUUCAAGCAGACAUCCAUCUACUUCCUGCCCGUCCCUGCAAUGGACGCGCUGCGACAGGCAUGGAGGCGAGCGUUCCCAGACAACGAUGUCCUUUUUUCCGUUCUUGUUGCUCUUUUCAUCCUGUACCCGUUCAAGUUGGACGCUUUGUUAAGGAGGGUGUUCCCAUUUCAUCGAGGCGUUUUCGAGGACAAGGUAGCAACGUUUUGGUGUACAAUAUCGCCGCUGCUGCGUCGAACUGGGCUCCUACGGAGCAGGUUUCUGCCCCCAGCCUGCGGGCUCAUGACCCUAGUGGCAGUUAUCCCGUUUCUUAUGGGCUCACCGGGUCGUUGUAUUACGGAAAGCGAUCGUCUUCGGCUAUGUAUUCGACUCACAGGGUGCUCGCUUGCGUUCUAUCUUUUCUCGUACCAUGUUCAUGAGAAGCAUAUUCUCCUACCACUUUUGCCGCUAUCGUUAUGUGCCCAUGAGUAUCCUGAUAUCAUCAUUUGGGCCACUUCCACGGCAGUAUUCUCUCUCCUGCCUCUGUUUUUGCAUGAAGGCUCAGCGAUGGCGCUAGUAGCGCUGAUAAUUUGGACGUGUUUAGGAAGAGGUCGCCGUCCUUCUGUAGCCUGGAUGCUUCUCGCCCUUCCUCUUGGAAUACUUCUCGCUGUUGACGGGAAUCCUUUUCGGGAACGUUAUCCGUACUUGCUUCCUUACUUCGUUGCAAUCUUCUGCUUCCUGAACUUUCUUAUGCUCCUGCUUUGGUGUUACAAAGAGCACGCAAAGUUGUCGGGUUGCUCUUUCACUGUCGAGGGCGCUCGGAACUUGUUGUUUCGCUCCUUGAAUUUUUCGAGGGCUCCGCCACAAAAACUCUCAUAA